AUGGGGAGAGGGGGUCUUCAAAAAAUGACUUUUGAUGAUGGUCAAGACGAAGGAGUUAAUGAACCAAUAACAGCAGUAACUAGUUUAAAAUCAACUGGUUUAUGGAGAUCUGACAAUUGUAAAGAAUUAAAUGGUUUAAUGAAAACUCGAUCUAAAUUAAAAUAUGCAAUAAAUCGUUUGAAAACGAAUCAAGCUGCUCAAUGCAGAAUGAGAAAAAAUCGGCGUUUACGUAUGGCACGUCUGCUUGAUAAUCAUCCUGAAAUAACUCAAGAAAUUACAUCAAUUGUUCGUCAUACUACAUCCGGCAAACCUAGUCUCUAA